CGCGGCGCGAGACGGUCGCCCCGAGGGGCGCGCGGCGGCGAAGGGACGAAGGUGGAGCGGCUUGUGAGACCCGUCGGCCAUGUCGUCCAAAAACCACUUUAUAAACUCGGCAGGCCUCACUGCCCAGUUCUCGUGCCUCAUGAAGCUCUACCUUGCUCACGUGGCUCGCCUUUGCCUGGUCAGCACCUUUCUGGAGGAUGGCCUGCGGAUGUGGUUCAAGUGGAACGAGCAGAGGGACUACAUCGAUCGAUCUUGGGGCAGCGGCCCUUUCCUGGCCACCUCCUUCGUGGUCCUCAACAUGUCGGGCCAGUUAGUGGGAUGUAUACUGCUCUUAGCCCGCAAAUUUGUUCCGUAUACCUGUUUUGGGCUAUAUGGAAUCAUCUUCAUGCAGGUCAUAGCGUACAGCGUCUUACGGAACUUCAAGUUCUUAAUGAGGAACAUGGCCAUAGGAGGCGGUCUCCUCCUGCUCUUAUCCGAGUGGCGAUCGGAAGGGAGAUCUAAGUUGGUGGGCGUCCCCAGGAUGGAUGGCAUCUUUCCCCGGCCGUAUAUGCAGCUGUGUGGAAGGGUUCUGCUCGUCCUCACGUUCCUGUCGCUGCUGCACUUGGAAGUUACCGCCUUCUCUAUCUUCCAGGACAUCUUAGGUGUGGCGAUGAUCGUUCUGGUGGCCAUCGGGUUCAGAACCAAACUGGCCGCCCUCACCCUCGUGAUCCGGCUGUCCGUCCUCAACCUGGCAAAGAACGCCUUCUGGACCGUCCCGGCUGAGAGGCCCCUCCACGAUUUCCUGAAAUACGACUUUUUCCACAGCGUGUCGGUCAUAGGCGGGCUUCUCCUGGUCGUGGCGAUGGGACCGGGUAAAGCCUCCAUAGACGAACGCAAGAAGAAGUGGUGAAGAGGGGAAGGGAAAGACCGAGGGGAAUGAGGAAGAAGAGGCGAGACGACGUUACCGCUGUUCUUACUUUGAACCCGUCGUGGGUUUGUGUGUUAUUCUCUCCCUCCCCCAGCCCGUUCCCCCCACCACCUCCACCACCGGGACCCUCCCUCUUGGCCGUUGCCUUCACGGAGAAGAAGUCCCUCCUUCCUCGCCAGUGCCAGAGAGAGAGAGAGAUGCGUAAAGGUUUUUAUUGUUAAAAAAAACCCCUACGGCCCUUUCUCUUGGA